AGAUUAUUUUAUAUUAUUAUGAACAUCCCAUGGGUCAGUCUGUUACGUAGAAAAGAGUGAAUCCAGUGAUGUCUUCCUGCGCCGUGCCCGUCGCCGAUGCAGGAACCAAAGACACACUGCCUCUAGCGUACAUGCUGACACCACAUUGGCAUAUGACUCAUAAUGCCAGCCUGUGGCACGGCCCCAGCGGUGAAACCGCAUAUUGUGAAAAGCUUCCGCAGUUUGAACCGAGCCGUUGAAACCGCUAUUGUGAACAGUGCUGCGGCGCAAUGUAGUGUAGUGGGCUUCCUGGGACCGAACUUGUCAAGAUCAAGAUCACGUGGCGGGAAGGUGGUGGUGGCGGGCUGUGUGACGUGUGUGUUUCAUUACUUUCUUAUCACUGUGUGGAGGAGCAAAGCACUACACAAGUCACCGUGCAGUACAAUCACCUCGCACAGGCAGGCACGGGGGCGGCAGACACUCGCAAACUCUACUCGCAAGGACUCAACUCUCCUUCCCUUGUCUCCUUCCUCACUUGUCUUGUCACCUCUUGGUCUCGAUACUCUCUGUCCCUUAGUGCCAGAGUACUUCACACCCUGCCUCCCAUGUCACCACCUCUGCCAGCCAACACUUACCUACACCUAUUCUAGCUUGCAAGAUAUAAGUACGAGUCUUGCAGGUUAUCAAUAUUGGGGCAAAAAAUGGCACUGUCAAGAUUUGCCGAGGUGUUCCGAGUGUCAAGGGCAGCGGUGAUUGGCAUGGUUCACGUAAGGGCCCUGCCAGGCACUCCAUGGGGCCAGCACAGCAUCCAGGACUUGGCAAAGAAGGCCCGGCAGGAGGCUGAAGUCUACCUGGAGGCUGGAGUGGAUGCCCUACUGGUAGAGAACAUGUUUGACCUCCCCUAUGUCAAAGGUCACCAGCUGGGGCCAGAGGUCGUGGCCUGCAUGACCCGAGUUUGCCAUGAGGUCAGGUGUAUGACCCCCUUGGAGGUGCCUUGUGGAGUGCAGGUGCUAGCAGGGGGCAACCACGCAGCCAUUGCAGUCGCUCAGGCAUCGAAUCUUCAGUUUGUGCGGGCUGAGGGGUUUGUGUUCGGCCACAUGGGGGACGAGGGGCUGGCCGAGGCUUGUGCGGGGCCCCUCCUGCGAUAUCGAAGGGCUGUGGGGGCUGAGGAGGUGCUGGUGCUGGCUGAUAUCAAGAAAAAGCAUUGCGCCCAUGCCAUGACAGCAGACGUUGGCAUAGUGGAGACAGCACAGGCAGCCCAGUUUUUCCUUGCUGACGGUGUGAUUGUGACAGGGAUGGCGACAGGAGCAGAGGCUGACACGCGGGAGCUGAAGGAGGUGCUGGAGAACGUUGACCUGCCUGUGCUUGUUGGGUCAGGGGUCACCAGGGAUAAUGUACAUGCAUACAUACGUGCACACGGCCUCAUUGUGGGCUCUCACUUCAAGCAGGGAGGCAGGUGGACAGGUGAACUGGAGCCCCGGAGAGUGAGGCAAUUUACUGAGCUCGUUAAGAGACUGAGAGAAUCAUGAGAAGGACAGGUAAAGAGUAAUUAGUGGAGGGUGUAGCAGUGAACACCUGGAGAAAGGGGUAAGGGGUGGAAUAGAUGGGUAGAUAGGGUGAUGGGGUAGAUGGUGAUUGGUAGAGGUAGAUUAAUGAAUGGGUAGAUGGGUAGAUAUGUUGAUUGACAGACAUUGACAGACACGCAAGUCAAUAAGUAAAAUUAAUUCAAAUAUAAAUGGAUGGGUGUAUGGACAGAUUUGUAGAUGGAUAGAUAAAUAGAUAGAUUGACAGGUAAGUGUAAAUAAGUAAAUAAGAUUGAUGAAUAGAAACGGGAUUGAUAAGAUGAUGGGUAGAUAAACUAGCAAAAAUUGUAAAUGAGUGAAAUUGACAUUGACCCCAAAAAAAUAAAUAAAUAAAAAUAAAUAAAUAAAUAAAAAUAAAAUAAAAAUAAAUACUUGAACGAAUAUUAACAUGAAUGAAUUGACAGACGAAUAGAUAAAUGAACUCUGAUAAAUAGGCAUACUUCAAUAAUGACAGACAGACAGACAGACAAAGAAACAAUUAGACGGGUAAAACUAAUUUGUAAUUUGUAAAUGUAAUUUGUAAUAUACUAAGUUUAAAUUUUUGUUGUAACCGCAUAUGUAUUUUUGUACACGUAUAGAUGGUAUUGUUUGGAUAAUAUUGGUAUUAUUAUUAUUGUUGUUGUUGUUGUUGUUGUUGUUGUUGUUGUUGUUGUUGUUGUUGUUGUUGUUCCAGUGUUUAUUAGUAUGGGGAAAUUCUCUCUCUCUCUCUCUCUCUCUCUCUCUCUCUCUCUCUCUCUCUCUCUCUCUCUCUCUCUCUCUCUCUCUCUCUCUCUCUCUCUCUCUCUCUCUC